AUGUCAUGCGCAUUAGAAGAUUUAGGGAGAGUCUUCCCAAGGAAAUCAGUUUUACUUAAAACUUACAUGUUGGGUUGUUUUUACUUGUUUUAUCAAACAAUAAAGCCUGAAGAAAAAAAGAAGGAGAAAAACAAGAUUACAGAACUUAGACCAAAUAUUUUUAGAAAUCAAAGCCAACAAUGUUAACAAUACCAACGAAAUUCAUUUUAGAUGAAUGCAAUAGGUGAUCAAAAAAAGAAAUAAAUCAAUUAAAUGCAAAACACUUCAUAUGGUUUGAUGGAAUUUAGAUCAUCAAUAUUCUCAGCUCAAGAUUACAAAAAGUUAAAUAAUUCAACUUGUUAAGUGCAUAUACUUCAAAUACAUUCAAAAAAAUACUAAUACUUUUCUUUGGAUGACUUAUCAACAACUGAAAGUGAAUUUAUUCCUGAUCUUAAAGUUGAUCUUCAGACUACUUCUGCUGUCGAUAUGACUUAGAGCUGCAUAUUUUGA